AAAACAUAGCGCAACACCAUACGGUAGCUUGUACCCUUGCUCCCCCUUUAUUAGGUAGGGUGUGUUGCACCUCGCAAAGGCAGACAGUCCCGAAACUCGCUUGGCGCUGCUCGAGCGCUUGCUCAUGGACGGAGCGACCACCUCGUCGCAUCAGGAGAGUCAUCGAUACCGGCCAAUACACGGCGUGGAGGGCAGGAUGCCGGCGAGGCUCGAAGCUGCGGUCGACCCGCCAGGGUGCUGCACUCGACUCCUGAAGCGCCUUUGCCGCUGCUUCGGUGACAGCUCCGACUCCGAGACAGAAUCGAACCCAAGGACUGGGCGCGCCGAGCUCUACCAAUACGAGGCGCCCGCUGCGACCGCUUCAGCAGGAGCUGCUCAAUUGCAGCACGUACAACGGCCAGCAGCGGUCUAUGAGGAUGAAGCAGACCCGGGCGGCCCGCUUUUGCCCAAAACCACGGAGUCCUCAGCACUGGUGCCGCCCGUGCGCCCCGGACACAGCCGGAACAACUCCUCAGCCUCCGCCACGGCGGCGGCAGCGGCAGCGGCGGGGCCCGGCGGCGCCGACUCCCACGCCCACUCCCACCCCUCGCUCACCAAGCGCCACAGCGGAACCCUGGGCCUAGGCGAACACGUGCUGGGGGUUCCGCCGCCGCUGCCACCCGGGGGGCCGGGCUCGGCAGGGCUGGGGGCCGUGCCGCGCAGUGCCGCGGCGGCGGCGCACCGGCGCACCGGCAGCCAGGGCGACGCCAAGCGGCAGUGGGCGGCGGCGGCGAGCAGCAAGGAACACGCGCACGUGCAUCACCACUCAGCGGAUGUGCACACACAGCAGGCGCACCCGCACCUGCACACGCACACGCCGGCGGCGGCGUGUGAGUCGCCGGAGGCUCCUAGCACGGCGGCGGGCCGGCCAGGCGCGGCGUUCGGGCCUGUGCAGGACGAGGACGACGACUUCUGCCCCACCUGCCUGGAGGCCUACACAACAGAGAACCCCAAGAUCUUCACCGAGUGCGGCCACCACUUCCACAUGCCCUGCAUCUACGCCUGGCUGGAGCGCAAGGACACGUGCCCCAUGUGCGAGAGCCCCAUGCAGGCGCCGGGGCUCAUGUGAGAGCCCCAUGCAGGGCGCCAGGGCUCAUGUGAGAGCCCCAUGCAGGCGCCAGGGCUCAUGUGAGAACCCCAUGCAGGCGCCAGGGCUCAUGUGAGCGCCAGGGCCCAUGUGAGCGCCCGGGCGCGUGUGAGCAGCAGGGCUCAUGUGAGCAGCAAGGGCAGAGGCGGGAGGCGGCGGCCGAGCGCACGUGAGCAGCUGGAGCGGGCGGAGGAGCAGGGGAGGAGCAACAGGGGGAGGAGGCGGCGCAGGGGGAGGAAGAGGACGUGGGGCGCAGAUAGCAGAUGCAGGAGGACGAGUUGGCGGCAGCGGCAGCGACAAGCGGCGGCGGCAACAGCGGCGGCGACAGCCCGCGUCAUUGCGCGGUGGCCGCCCGCCGCCGCCUGGCGCCUGGGGUGCGCACAACACUGGGGAGGGGACUGGGGCCGCAGUGGGUGUGCCGGCACACACGCAGUCGGAGGUGCCUGCGGUACCGCUGGCGGAGGCGCCUGCGGGAGGCGCCCGCGGGAGGCCGCGCGGCACUCCGCGCCCGGAGAGGGCGCUGAGACGGACCCGGAUGGGUCGGGGGGCGGGGGGUGCUCCGGGAAGGACUACCUGUUCUGCAGCCCGGCAAUGGGGCGGUGCGGCAGGCAGGCGGUCGGGCGGUUGGAGCCCGUGGAGGCGGAGGGGGCCGUGGCGGUCGCGGCAUCGCGUGGCGUGUGUCGCUGGGCCCAUGUGGCCGAUCGCUGCGGCAGAAAGCGGCGGUGGCAACGGCGUCAGACGGCGGCUUGGUUUGUGUGUGCGUGUUUGCAUUAUCAUGUGGCAUCAGUAUUAGCAGGAGCAAUGUGGGCUAGCGGUUUGAGGGCCCGAUGACUGCAGGAGUUUCUCAUGGCCGAAUCAAUGCGCGAGCUGUACGGACUUGCUGUCGACGGGCAACGGGGGGAAUACUACCACCUGCGCCCCGGCUCGGCGCGGCGCCUCGCGGUGUUGGCACUGACAGACAGUGACGGUUGACUCGGCAUCGGAUUCCCGCCGCAUGGCCGCGUCGAUUGUGGCGGGCAGUUCAUACCACAUAUAAGAUUGACCAUCUGUCACCGUUACUGGACUCAGCAACGUACGGCAAGUGGUGGCCAUACGCUUGGCUGUGCAGUAACGUUGGGAAUGCUUGAUUAGGAAUGCUUGAUGGAGUGAGCGGGCGCGGGCAGCGCUCGUGGGUGGUUUCGGUUGAGGCAUGGGGCGUGGGGCCUGGGUUCCUCGGCGCAAGCAGAAGGGCAUGCGCAGUGCGAGGCGAGGAAUCAUGUCGUUUCAUCUGGCAUGGGAACGGGCGUCGUUCUUCCGGUUGCUUGACGCAUAGUCACGUCACGUGUGUACCGUAGUGUAGAGAGCAGGAACCCAUUAUAUUCUUGUUGACGUAGCUAAUCGGUUGAAUGGCUUGGAGUUUCUCUUUUAUAUUGUUUACUACAGUAGACAGUCUGUAUCCUCAUGUCGUCGCUGCGUUGAGCUAAUGCUACAGCUCAAGCUACCCAUCUCUUUGUGUCGCACCCGUGGGGGGCACUGUAUCAUUACCAAAGCACUGCAAUUCAAACAGACUUUGACAUUAAGAGUCAUGAUGAGGAACUAUAAGGGUGGGCUGGCUGGUUGAUGUCAACUUAUUUGCCGUGUCAGGGGCCGCGUGGCUUUCACGUACGUCUCGUUCAUCUGGGUGGGUGAUGGUGUCGGUAGACGGGGUGUGGGGCGGUGAGUGCGGUGUGGGAGAGCGCCAGCGUGUGCGGCGCGAUUAUUGGAUUGGCGGCGGUCGAAGGUGAGCGAGGCUACUGUGGAGGGCGAUGGCGUGUGUGACCGAGUCUAUCUGCACUCGGCUUGAACAUGCGGCAUUGUGUGUGUGCGUGUGUGUGCGGCGUACGGCCCUCGACGACGAGCGCGCCGGCUCCCGCAGAAGCUUCUAUACACCCGUGUCCACACUCGCACUGGUGCUGGUGGUUGCAUCCCUGUUCCGGAGUUGUGGAGGCAUGCAGACGGCCGUACUCUCGCUUGCCAUGUGUGAGCCGGGCGCGUGUGCUGGUUGGGGUUGAGCCCCCGCCCCCCUUUGUUGCUGUACGGAAG